AUGGCGCGCAUAAAGACGAAGAAUAUCGUCAGCAUUUUACUACUACUGGUAGUACUGCUCUCAACUUUGGUACCCAAAGUAAAAGCUUGGACUGAAGCUGAUUUCGAAAUCUUUGACCUUGUAGAUGCCUUGGAGAAAGCAGAAGGAAAAGAUACGAAUUUCUAUAGCUAUAUUGGUGUUUCUCCUUCAGCAACCCAAGCGGACAUCAGCAAAGCUUACCGUAAACUUUCUCUAAAAUGGCAUCCUGAUAAGAACAAAAAUGAUUCAAAAGCUAAAGAACGUUUUGCCCGUCUUGGUGUCAUCGUAUCUAUUUUACGUGAUCCUCGUAGUCGGGAACGGUACAAUUUCUUUUUAAAAAAUGGUGUGCCUCGCUGGCGCGGUACAGGUUAUUUGUACAGCCGUUAUCGUCCUGGGUUGGGUUCUGCCUUGAUAGUGUUGCUACUCAUUGCUGGUGGUAUGCAAUACAUUGCAGGUCAGGUCAACUAUCGUCAAGAAAAGAAGCGUAUUUUGCAAUGGGUAGGAGAUGCCCGAGCUCAAAUGGUCUACAAUAACGUCAGUGGUUCGAAAGGAAGUACAGCACCUACUUUAGGUCGAAGUUACAUACAAUUAGGAGAUCGACAAAUGCGUUGUGAAGUAAAGAAUGAUCAUUAUCUGGUAGUAUAUCCUUCCGAAGAUAAAAAGAGUGCCAGUGAGCCUAUCCAUUUAAAUACAGAAUGGGUCUACAGGCCCACAAUCAAGGAUAUUUUUCUUUUUGCUUGGCCUAAGAAGUUGUUCUAUGAGUUACUGAAUAAGCAAGAAGUAAUCGAAGAAAUGAUGGAGGAAAAUGACGGCAUGGAAGAAGUGGCUCAAGAUUUAGCCAAAGAACAACAAUCUGAGAGCGGCAACAACAAGAAGUCGUUACGCAAAAGAGGUAGUGGCGAAAAAGUCAAUGUUCAGGGCGCUAAGGUGGGCGGCCGUAGAAGGGCCGUUAGAAAGUAG